UUAGCUGUCAUCCACUGUCAUCUGUCAUUACGCAAGAGAUUCGGGUUAGAUCCGAUUGGAAAAUUCUCAGUUUUCAUUCCCGGGAAACUAUUAAAAUGUUCAGGAACUUCUUUCCCCGUGUUAAAGCUCAGGAAGAGGAGUUGGUCGAUCCGCAAGAGACCCUCAGGAACAAAUGCCGUGAGUCUAAUCACUGCCAGCAUCUUGUAGAGAAGUAUCAAGUGUGCAAUGACAGAGUGAACGGAAAGUCCCGUACAACGGAGACCUGCACUGAGGAACUCUUCGAUAUGCUCCAUGCCAUUGACCACUGCGUCACCGAACAGCUCUUCUCCAAGUUGAAGUGAACGAGUUCAAAUAACAAAAAAAAAUAAUGUAGAGAAUAUUAUGUAAAGGUAAUAAACAAUAAACUUAAUUUAA